CCAUUCUUGCAGUGCAUGGCAAUUUCGGAUCACCCAAAUGGGGAAUUCGUAUCACCAAAAACGGAAAAGGAAUUCAGGGUGGAAGCCUACCCGAGUUUCAUUCCCUUCAUAGAUAGAAAAAAAUUGACUUCGCACCCAUAUAUUUUUGCCCCUGUCUGCUACGCCGGGCAUUGGUGGUUAUGGCUGAUAAAUACAAGAAAGCGAAAAUGUCAAAUACUUGACCCGCUACACAAAAUAGCUCCCACUGAUGAGAGAAAGGCCAUUAAUAAAUUCACUGGAUACGUAUUUUCAAGAUUGAUAACAUAUGCCGGCGGGGAACCUUCGCCACCACCCACCAUCCCAUUUCCGAGUUCAAACUCAUCGCCGAGCCCUUCUCUCCCUUCUCUACCUGUCGCCCUCUCUGUCCGAGCUCGCUUUGUCACUGUGGGUCGCGCCGCUUCGUCGCUCCUCGCCGUGGGUCAUCGCCGCUUCGCUGCUCCUCGCCGUUGGUCGCGCGGCUUCGCUGCUUCUUCUCCCCGUCGUUGCUUCUCCGUCGUUGCUUCUCUUCUUUGCGUGGAGUCUUGA